AUGGCGGGGGCCGGGGGUCCCCUGCGCCUCCGCGACUGGCUGGUGGCGCAGAUCGAGAGUGGGCGCUACGCGGGGUUGUGCUGGGAGGACGCAGACAAGACCCUCUUCCGUAUCCCCUGGAAGCACGCGGCCCGGCAGGGCUACCGGGCGCAGCAGGACGCGGCGCUCUUCAGGGCCUGGGCCAUACACAAGGGCAAACACCUAGAGGGCAUCGACAAGGAGGACCCCCCCACCUGGAAGACCAGACUCCGCUGUGCUCUCAACAAGAGUGCUGACUUCUGUGAGGUGCGUGAGCGCAGCCAUCGGGACAGCUCCAGCCCCUACAAGGUCUACAGGAUCGUGGCCCACGGUGCCCAUGGCCCAGGUGCCAGAGCUUGUGCUCCCCCUGAAAAUAACAUUCCACGGAAGCAGCAGGAGCCCCCUGGAGAAGUGACUGAGCUGGCCUGCGGGACAGACCAGGUCAGUUGUCCUUCAAGCCCUCCGCAGUCUUGCCAGCUCUGUCACCUCUCCCCUGAACUGCCCUCGGUGUUCUCCGCACUGUCAUGUGUCCUCUGGCACUGUCCUCUCCCCCAGCUGCGCUCCUUCCCUGUCUGCCCCCUCCUCCACCCAUGUCCCUCCCGCCAGCUCCACCUCUUCUUACCUGGGCCCCACCUGCCCCGCCAUCUUCAGCUCCGCCUCCUGUUCCCUUCACCUCCAUCAUCUCUGGGUCCCCCUGUUCUCUCGUCCUCCGCCGUCUUCAGCCUCAUCACCCUCUGCAAUCUCUUCCCUGACAUUCACCCCUGGCCCCUGUCAUCAUCGGGGUACCAGGCACAGGACCCUACACACCAUUGGAGCCCCUUGCUCUCUGAGGACUUCAGCAACCCUGAUUGCUGGCUGCACGUGCGGCUGUUCUACGGCGGGAAGCUGGUGCGCGAAACCACCACGCGCGUGGCCGAGGGCUGCCGCCUGAGCCCCCAGGCGGUCACCGCGGCGGAGCGCCUGCUGGGGCAGCCAAGAUGCAUGGCGCAGGUGCGCUUCCCGGAGCCGCCCCCCGGCGCCCGCGUGCUGGAGCGCUUGCUGCGGCACCUGGAGCGGGGCGUGCUGCUGUGGGUGGCCCCCGAGGGCGUGUUCGCCAAGCGCCUGUGCCGGGGCCGCGUGUACUGGCGCGGCCCGCUAGCCCCGCACCGCGCGCAGCCCAACAAACUGGAGCGUGAACGCACCUGCCAGCUGCUCGACACGCUACUCUUCCUCGAGGAAUUGCGGGCCCACCUUCAGGACGGUCGCCAGGAGCCCGAGUACCAAAUCCGUCUGUGCUUUGGUGAGGAGUACCCAGGACCGCCAGAGCAGCUGGAGGAGCGGCUCAUCAUGGCCCACGUGGAGCCAGUCUUCGCCAGGGAGCUCUUCCUGCACUGGAAGCGCCACUACAGUGGUGUCCCAGCAUCACCGACGGUGUCCCUCACCUGCUGACACAGCUGAGUCAGCAGUGAAGGGUCACUUGCUCCUCUCCUGUCGUCCCAAGUCAGCCCCCCUCCCGUGGGUGCGGACCCUACUGCAAACCUGCCCAAAUUGCCAGUGGUCUUGGGGCUGCCCCCUACCCAUUGGCCGGUCAGUGGGGACAGUGGAAGCAGAUCACGCCCUUCAACCUCUCAGCGGCAGAGAUGCAGCCCCCCACCCCCACCCCCUAGCAUAGCGUGUGGGCAGAGGCCUUGCAGCUGGGCCUGGGAAGUCAGGAGGAAACCAAACUUGACCUUGAGGUUCUGGAAACAGCAAUUAGGACAGAAACUAAACCUCAUAGCUCGGGGAGAACCCAGCAAGUCUGUGGUGGUAUACUUGAGAGCCCACUUACCUGCAACUGAUGCAUUAUAAGGUUUGCUUAAAGCUGGGUUUACCGAUAAUUAGAUCCUCAGGGAUUAGAGUGAAGCCAGACAGUAACAGAAAUGCCUGGCUUCUGAGGGGCUCUGAAUUUCCAGACCCUUCCUCCCACCUGCCACUAGUCUCCAUUCUUAUGUGGGCAGGGAGGGAUCUCAAAGCAGAAAUUUGGCCUGAAAUGGGGACUUGGGGGGUUGAUAACUGAACCACCAAUACCAGUAGAUACUGUGUUUGGAGGAACUGAGGCUGACCCCCAAACACAGCCAUAGGGCAGAAGCUAAGGGCAGAAGCAGGGGUCCAGCCCCUCCCCAGGCUCCUCUGAUCAUUGUAAACUGCAAGCUGUAGGGAGUCCUUGAGAAUUGGGAGGGAGCCCCUUCAACCACCGUGAAGCCAGCUGACCCUGCCUUGGCGGAAAAGUCACUGUGUCCUGCCCCAGAUAUCAGACCUUGUUUCUGGUUCUGAUUUCUGACUUUUUAAAUAAGGAUUCUCCUACAGACGGCAACAUAAUGAAUCUCUUCUAGUGAUACAUUAAUAUGCUUUUAUGGUGGGGGGGGCCAUAUGCUUCGACGAAGGGCAGAAGUCAAUCAGAUCACUGUUUCUUAUUCAGCAAAUGUUGACUGAGCACCC